GUAUUAUUAUUAAUUUUGUUUGUUUACAUCAGGAAUCGAUUUGAGUUUCUUCACGGCGGAUUGUUUCCGCUUCACUGUCAAAGGACUGGCGAAAGGCCUAUGGAGCAAUAUAGUCGUCUGUUUCAUUAGAUUUUACAAUUGUAUUAUCGCUGUAGAUUCCUUAGAGGCACUUUCACACUUAUUUUCCUAAAUGAAAAAAAUGUUGAGAUAUAUGGGAUUAACAACUGCUCUUGUAAAUCAUUGGUGCUUCAUUAAUAUUUACGGCACAGAAAUUGUCGACUGAAAUGUGUAGAUGCCCAAGUAGCACAAUAUUUGUCCUAUUUUCUUGCAUUUCAUUUUACUCCCUCAGUUUCAACCUGCAGGUUAGAGGGUAUGUUUUCAGAUCCAAUAACACUUCUCUGCCCACCAAUGGUACGAUUAUGGGAUGUUGUCAUGACAUGAACCAUAUCUUGACCUGAAGCUUUUCCUCUUGUGUUUCCCGGGGCCUCAGUGAUGAAGCCUUUCCAGCUAAUGUCACUGACUUUACAUUGCCUCCUGCAUAGAUUGAUUUAGGGUUGUUUAAGACUGAUUUCUGCCUUUGUACUGCUGUUUGAUGAAGUUUAUUUCUGUCCAUAACCUUUAAUAGCUUGUUUAUGUGAGCAGCAGCCGGGAUGAGCACCAGCCUCUAACUCUGGGACCAUUGGUUCUGGUCUUUCCAGUUUGGACAUUAGAUUCUUCAGUCAUAAGGUGAAUGACUAACAAUACUGCGGCGUCCUCCUGAGGAUAGACAAGAACACAACAAUCCUCUGCCCAUGAUGGUGGUCCAUGAGAAGCAGCAUUUGUCAUUAGGUUUGUCAAGCAAAAGAUAAAAAAGAUGCCCAAAUAGGAUGAGUCAAGUAAAAUUGAAUUAGUGUAGCAAAUAACGACUAUUUUCAUAGUCGACUAGUCACGAUUUAUCUUUAUGGUGAGUGGACAUGUAUGCCAUGCAUGACGUGUACAGGCUGACAAGCACAAACUUGUGUGGUUACACUGUUGUAAAUAGUCACUCGAAAACUUCGUUAAAAAGUCGAAUAGCGUUAAAUUACAACCAUAUCGACAGUCAACUAGUCACGACAAGGUGGGCGGGUUGACAAACUCGAGCGACUCGUCUGAUUGUUGUGUUGUUAAAAGUAAACACUUUCAUGAAACGCUCUUUUGAAACGUCAUAUUUUAUCGCUCAAAAUGUGAUUUGAAUAUUCCCGGUCGAUAGUCGGCGAUGUCGUCGCGGCCCAAAACAGAUGCUGAAGCAAAUAAUAAGAAAAUAUUGCCUUGAAUGUGCAACUGCGGCGCCGGUGCUGCCUUGGUGGUGACAAACAUCGGGCGUGGAAAGCAACAACUUUCCUAAAAUGGUCAGAAUUCAACCCCGACAUUGUCGUACACGUCCUGAGGUUGUAGUAGCGCGCAGCCACCUGCGGGGGCAGCAGAGUCAGUGUUUACAGGCAGAGCUCGUUGCUGCAGCGUGGAGUAGAAGUCAGCAGCAGCAGCAGUAGCAGCAGGCGAACUUCAGCACCGCACUAGUUUGAAAAGUUCCAAAAAACACUCGCAGGUGAGGAGCCAGGACAGCCGCUGUCUUCUAAACGUUUUUGAACGGCGCUCUGUUGAAAUGAGGCGGUCGACGGGCGAGGCAAACGAGCCGAAUUUCGCUUGCUGACGCCUGCACGGUCGCCAGCUAGCUAGUUAGCCGAGCUAGCUACUCCGGCCCUGAAGUUGUUCUCCUGAAGUUGUGGAUGUGGGGACCCCCCGAGCGUCUCACAACUUUUCUCCAGGUCAAGGAAGCCGGGACCAGACUUUCACACUGGAUUUAACCGCGUGUACUGCCAGGGAACCAGCAGGAUGUCCGCCGAGGUCGAGAGCAGUCAGUUGGACUCGGGUUUGACAGCAGCCCCGGACGCGGAGCCAGACAAGUUCGUGGAGGCUCCGCUGCAAAGUUCAGCCGUGGAGCAAGAAGGUGAAGCGCAGAUGGACGCGGAGAAGGUCCUCGCCGAGGCCCCCGCGGACGAGCUCGAAAACUGCCAGGAAAACGACAAAGAGAACGAGCAAAGCGGCGGCACCUCCGAGCCAGUGGAGACCGUCAAGAGGAAAGUUGUGGAGGCUCCACUGCCGAAAGUCAACGCCUGGACCAAGAGAACCACAGGCAGAGUGUCGGUCCCCAACAUUACAUCGCAGGAGAAAGAUCAACAGAAUGCUUUGAAGGUUGUCCGUGCCACAAAGCCCAGAACCAGAAAAUCCAGCAAGUCAAGUGACUUCAGUGACAUCACCAACUGGCCCACACCUGGUGAACUUGCUAAGGAGCAACAACAAAAUGUUUUGAACAACAAUGGGAAGAAGCCUCCUCCUCCACGCCGAGACAAGGAGAAGAGGAGAGAGCGACCUGACAGGAAGUCCGAGAGCAGUCACGAUGGCGGAGAAAGUAAAGAGAACCAGGAGACUCCCAUCGAGCCUGUGGAGGAGGUGACUAAGGAUAAAGAGAAGGUGGGACAGGACGCUAAAAACGCCAGCCUGAAGAAGAGAGGAGGUGAGGGUAACAAACGUAAGUGGCUUUCGCUGCCCCUGGAGGAAGGGACCCAAGAGGAAGGCACCAAGACUCACGGCUGGGUCCCGGCGUGCUCUGACACUGAACCCAAAAGCGAAUCUCCCGACCUGACGUCGCCCAAUCGCACGCUGCAUAGUAGCAGGGCGCAUGAUGGCAGGAGUUGGAGGAGGGAACCGAGAGAUUUUGGGGACGAUUCUUCCACUGUCAGAAGCGACGGCGGCAGCAUACGUGGUGGAAUCCGAGGCAGAGGGAAGGGUCGUGGCCGCGGGAGAGGUCGUGGACGAGGUCGCUUUGAGUUCACAAGUUACAGGGACUCCCAGUCCGAUGGCUCCGGGGGCCAAUCCUCAGAGUUUGGCAACAACAUGGUUUAUUACUACGACGACGGCAACAAAGUACAGAUGUACACAGUGGAUGAAAAGCUACUUAAAGAGUAUAUCAAACGCCAAAUUGAGUACUACUUCAGCCUGCACAACCUUGAAAGAGACUUCUUCCUGAGAAGAAAGAUGGACGCGCAGGGCUUCCUUCCCAUCUCUCUCAUCGCCAGCUUCCACCGAGUCCAGGCUCUAACCACUGACGUCAACCUCAUAAUGGAGGCCCUGAAGAGUAGUGAAGAACUGGAACUUGUCGACGAGCGGAUCCGAUGUAAGGUUGACCCGGAGCGUUGGCCGAUCCCUGCCCCGGCCGUCGUGGGUUCCCCUCGGACCGAUUUCUCUCAGCUGAUCAACUGUCCAGAGUUUGUUCCGCGUCAGACACUCAACUCUACAAACACUGCUUCAUCGCCUGUGAAAGAGCCUACAUCUGAGUCCACCCUACCUCAGACCUCGACCGGCUCCGACCCGACCGACAAGGAUGCGCUUCCCCCCUCUGGCACCCACAACGUCCCCCCGGACUCCUGGAUACAGGUGGAGAAGCGCCAUCGACAGCCCUUGAGCAAGGGAAAGGAACGUAGCGUCUCUCCCCUCCAACUGGCCCCUUUACCAGGGGAGCCCGACCAGGAGGAGCUUGACUUCAUGUUCGAUGAGGAAAUGGAGCAGUUGGCCCCGCGCAAAAACAAGUUCACCGAUUGGUCGGACGAGGACGACUCGGACUACGAACUGGACGAUCAGGACGUCAACAAGAUUCUCAUCGUCACCCAGACGCCGCCGUACAUGCGCAAGCAUCCCGGAGGCGACCGCACCGGCAACCACGAGUCCCGAGCCAAAAUCACAGCCGACUUGGCCAAAGCCAUCAACGACGGCCUGUACUACUACGAGCAGGACCUGUGGAAGGGAGUGGAGCAGCUGGAGUGCACCAAGCAGGAGGCAGAGAACUUCAAGAAGCUGAACAUGAUCAGCAAAGAUGAAUUUGAAACUCUGACCCCGAAGGUUCCUGUGGACCCCACUCAGGAGCUGCCCCUCAUGCCUGUGGCCAAUGAAGCAGAAAUGGCGCGCUCGCUGCCGAAAACAGUGCCCGAGUCUUCCAGCGAUCAUCAGCCCAGGACUCCCAAAACACCUCGGACCCCUGGACGCCAGGACCCCACCAAAACCCCGCGAUUCUACCCCGUAAUGAAGGAGAGCGUCACCGUGGAUGGACAGACGCCGAGGAAAAAGAAGACACGCCACAGCUCCAACCCCCCACAGGAGGCUCACAUUGGCUGGGUGAUGGACUCCCGCGAGCAUCGGCCGCGCUCUGCAUCCAUCAGCAGCUCAAAUGCCUCGCCGUCAGAGGGAGCCCCGCUGUCGGGGAGCUACGGCUGCACGCCCCAGUCCCUGCCCAAGUUCUGGCACCCGUCACAUGAUCUGCUGAGGGACAACGGCUUCACUCAGCAAGGCUACCACAAGUACCGACGGAGGUGCCUCAAUGAGAGGAAACGGUUGGGCAUCGGCCAGUCUCAGGAGAUGAACACCCUCUUCAGGUUCUGGUCCUUCUUCCUGAGGGACAACUUCAACAGGAAAAUGUACGAGGACUUCAAGCAGUGCGCGGUGGAGGACGCCAAAGAAAACUACAGGUACGGACUGGAAUGUCUCUUCAGAUACUACAGCUACGGUUUGGAGAAGAGAUUCAGGUUGGAUCUGUUCAAGGACUUUCAAGAGGAGACGCUGAAAGACUUUGAGAAAGGGCAGCUCUAUGGGCUGGAGAAGUUCUGGGCUUUCCUCAAGUAUUCCAGGAUUAAAAACCAACCAAUCGACCCCCAGCUCCAGGAGCAUCUCUCCCAGUUCAAAAACCUGGAGGAUUUUCGGGUCGUGCCCCCGAGCGGAGAGGAAGGAGGCAGGAGGAGGCGCCACUCGUCCUCGGCUGGGGACGAGGCCCGGCGUCGGCGCCAUCCUUCCAACACUACCUCAAAGCCCAUGCAGGCUGCCGCCAAGUCUUCGGCUAAACCCGCUGCAUCUGGCUCCAACGCCGCUGCCGCCGCUCCUCCUCUCACCGCCCCUAAAACAGCAGCCGUCCUGGGGAAGAAGGCCGAGCCGGCGACGGUGAAAAAAAGCGCAGCACCAAAUAAAUGAAGUGCCUCAAGAGGUUUUUUUUUUUUAGAAAGUGCCGUGGAGCAGGGCGCGGCUUUUACUCUCGACAAAGGGUGUGAAGAGGAAUUUAGAUUUUUGUUCUCAGAGCAUUUCAUUUGAACGUAAAGCGAAGGCAGCGCGCUUGAGUCUGAGCAGCCUGUUGGUUUACAGAAACGAAAAAAAAAAACUACAAAAAAAUGCAUUCCUGUUGCAUUUUAACUUUUUACUCUGUGAGAUGCCAAACUCCUCGAGAGGUUUCCCGACCUCCUCAGCUUGAGAGCAGAGCUGCUCCACCAUGAGUGCCACGAGUCUGGUGCCUUACUCUGACCCCCACCCCUCCCUCAGGGAGAGUCAGUGCCACAACGGUGAGAAGUGUUUACUCACCAAUCACUUUGGUUCCAUCAGUUAAUUCAUGGUGACAAUCAUUCGGACCUGAGCUUGACAGUGAUCCAGGCCAAUCUUUACCAGUGCAACUUCAAUGAACUGAGCACCGCGUCCCCCCCCGCGACACCAAGAGACCGUAUAAUUUAUUGUUUUGCUCUCAUUUGUAUGUGACUUCGACUUGAUUGACCGAAUAGUCUUAGGAGAUCCCGGCAGUUUGGAACGGCUUUUGCUCAUGGAAUAUAAUUUCUGGUAGUAUGUUGGGUUUCGGCUUAGUAUCUGUUUAUUCUAGCUUGACAUUUACCUUCUGUUCUGUUUGAGGCUGGUGCUUUAGAGCACUUUAAUCCUUUCCUUUUCUUUUCCAAAUGGACUUUAAAAGGUUUUAGCGUUGACUUUAAAGAAAAAAAAAUGUAAAUACUAUAAAAAAUCAUUUGCUAUUUGAUUAUUCUUUUGAUUUUAAGAAGUGAUUUAUUUUAUCAAUAGUUUGGUUUGAGUGUGUUUUAGGAUGAUACCAUGCAUGUUAAUGUCGGAGUCUUGAAAUGUAAAAUGCAAAAAAUAUAAAGUAACACUUGAU